CAAAGCUACAAAAUAUGAAAAAUAUCUGGCUAGAUAUUUAUCACCCAACAGUUGACGUGUCAAUCUGGUGAUGUUAUUUACACGUAAAAAGUGUUGCCAUGUGGAUUCUUUACGCUUUUCACCUCCUAAAACACCAACGUUUUGUCCGAUCAGAGUUAUAACGGAAUUCUAACCGGUUUCUGAAAUAACGGACGACAAGAGGAUGGAGAAACAGAAUCUCAGGCGGAAUAUUACGUUCUUGUUACCUGAUCAGCAGCAAACGGCGAGUGGUGUUUGCGUUACUCAGUUGACUCGUACCUACUCAGAUUCUUCUGCCAUUACCGUAAAUGAUAAAUCAGGUCCUUCAACCGUGUGGACAGAUGAGAAGCACAGUUUAUAUCUUGCUUCAUUAGAAGCAUCUUUUAUUAAUAAAUUGUACCAUUCCAUCGAGUUGCGUGGGACUUCGCAAGAGAUUCUAUGGGAACCAUACUCAUCACCGGCAUUGCUAACCAGCAGUUGCAAUGCUUCGAACAAGCUAAUGGUUCUACGAGAGCAGAAUAUCAACUAUAAAAGAAAUAAGCAUGUGUUGGAAAGCACAGCUGAUUCUCAUUUUGUGCAAGAACCAUGGAUAAGCCAUUUUUCAUCUACAGGCAAGCGGCAAAAUAUGGCAUGUGAUGUUCGACAACAUGGUGGCGACUACAAUGAAAAGGUUCGUGCAGGAGUGGUCUGCUGUGGAUCAGCAAGAAGCUCAGAGCAGCACCCUGCACGCAGGCUAUGUUAUCGUAAUUCAGUUGGCCUUGCCUUAGAGAAUUCAGAUCAAAACUUUGUAGAUGAAGACAAAGGAGAGAAAUCAAGGUGCAUGACCACAGCAAAAAGGUUGAAGAUAGUUGCGGCUUGAUUCUUCAAGAUCAAGUAAUUACGCAGCACUCAACCUAUAUCUAUCUGGUCAGUCUUGAUGUUAAGACAUGCAAGUAGGGGUGUGCAACAACCGAAUUUAACCAAAUAACUGAACCAAACCGACAAAUUUGGUUCGUUUUGGUUUGGUAUUAUAAAAAAAUUCAGUUUGGUUCGAUUUAGUUUAGUUUUAGUGCAAAUAGGACUGAAUUAAUCAAACCGGCCCGAAAUUAAGAAUGGCUGUCAGAAUAUUUUGUAUAUCCAAAAUCUGAUGUUCAUUAUUUCUUAA